CUAUCGUAUUUAACGUAAUCAUUAUUAUUGACGCGUGGACGCGAAAAUUCACGAGGGCCUGCGCUAGUGCGCCCCGUCGCACGUGGUCGCACUGGUCAGCACUGGUCGCUGACAUGAGCUCGGUGCCGCGAAUGCAGGCUGUGACGUGAGAUCUUGCAUUCCUUGUUUUUCCGAAUCAGUGGAAAUGGCAGGCUUGAAACCAGAUGACGAAUUGGACUGGGUGAAGAUACGGGAUGAUCUGGACAGCAGUUACAUGAACGAGACGAUAUGGCAGAAGGCUAAACGUAAAACACAAGAGAAUCCGCUCGUACCCAUAGGAGCGUUGGCGACUGUAGUAGCUCUGAGUGUCGGACUUGUUAGUUUCUACAAAGGCAAAAGAGGCAUGCAACAGAAAAUGAUGCGUGCUCGUGUUGGUGCUCAAGCGUUUACUAUUAUUUGUAUGGUCGCAGGCUUUAUCCUGCUGCCCAAGUCAAAUUGAAAUUAAUGGUACAUUGAUUCAAGAGUACCAUUAAUUAUCUGUUGUAGUAUAUGAGACACACUUGCGCUCGUCACAUCACAUGAUGUACCUCAUACGAAUGGAUAUCUUUUAGUACAAAAUGAUCUUGGUAUACAUUGAGAGAAGCGGUACUGUGUGUAUGUAAAUUAAUAUUUUUACUUAUAAAAAUAUAUAUAAUCACAAUUAUUGAAUACAUAUCAUAA